AUGAGCCAGGUUGAUAUAUCGUGGACUCGCUCUGUGAUUGCCGGAAUCUCGAAUCUCAUUCUGUACACGUUCUUGGUUAGAGUCGUCCCACUUAACUGUUGUCCGUUGAUCCCGGUGAUUCAGAUUUCCUUUGAGCCUAUCUUCCAUUAUCUGGCGGGGGCUGAAAAGACACCGAGCUAUAACAUAGUUGUUGCGCCCCUGCUCCAUGCUACUAAUUGCUUCGAAUGGGGUUUAAAGCAAGUGGUUAAAGCCCCCAGGCUCACAGUGGCACCUAUAACAUAUCUCGGUUCGAUACUCAUCAGCCGUCUUAUCUUAGAUUUACAUCUGGUGACUAUCCUUCGCCAUCGCAAGGAUCUCCAAUGGGCUAGGCAGAAUGUUCUGACACCCACCAUCAGUCUUGUCGGAUAUCUAGCCGCCAUGCUUUUUGUGGAGCGCUUAGGUCUUCCAGUUGCAACAUAUAUCAAACCGCUUACAGUGAUGUUCAUGGAUAUCGUGGGCUUCUUCCCGCAUAUUAUACCUGCAUCCUACGCCAUUGUUUUUGACCAGGUUAAGGUUAUCAAAUCAUGA